GUGGGGCGGCCCGGACUGGAUCCAAUUCAUCUUACCCGGACUGCAAUUAAAGCUCGUUCUAUCGUUCACACUUGCCGAUUUCAUAUCAAAUUAGGGUUUCGAUCUAAAAUAAAAUCUUCCAUUUCUUCUCAUUAAAUCUCAGAAUGAGCUCAAAAUAAAAUCUUUCCAGUUCUGCGAUUUGGUUAAGACUCAAAAACCCUACCAUACGGAUUUAGGCCAGACAUGGCGGAGCAUUUGGCUUCGAUUUUCGGAACCGAGAAGGAUCGCGUGAACUGUCCCUUCUACUUCAAGAUCGGCGCCUGCCGUCACGGUGACCGGUGCUCUCGUCUCCACAACCGACCCACCAUUUCCCCUACUCUACUUCUCUCCAACAUGUACCAUCGGCCUGACAUGAUCACGCCUGGCGUUGAUGCCCAGGGCCAACCUAUCGAUCCCCACAAGAUCCAGGAGCACUUUGAGGAUUUCUACGAGGACAUCUUCGAAGAGCUCAGCAAGUUCGGUGAGAUUGAGAGCCUGAACGUCUGUGACAACCUCGCCGACCACAUGAUUGGCAACGUUUAUGCUCAGUUCAAGGAGGAAGACCACGCCGCAGCUGCCUUGCAGGCGCUGCAGGGUCGAUUUUACUCUGGCCGUCCGAUCAUAGCUGAUUUCUCGCCAGUGACAGAUUUCCGCGAGGCGACAUGCCGCCAAUACGAGGAGAAUAGCUGCAACCGAGGGGGAUACUGUAACUUCAUGCAUGUAAAGAUGAUCGGCAGGGAGCUGAGGAGGAAGCUCUUUGGGAGGUACCGCAGGUUUAGAAAAAGUAGGAGCCGUAGCAGGAGCACAAGCCCGCAUUACCGGAAGGACCGUGAAAGGCGUGAACAACAUCGUGAUUAUCGAGAGCGUGACCGUGGUCGUGACGAUUUUCGAGCUGGGAAAAGGCAUGGGAGGCAUGAGAGUGAUAGUGGGAGGAGGAGGCAUGAGAGUCCAAUAAGGGAAGGGAGCGAGGAACGCAGGGCUAGGAUCGAGCAAUGGAAUCGAGAGAAGGAAGAGAGGCAGUCCUGAGAUAUGAGAGCAUCAAUAUUAUCAAGUCACCUGCUGGAGAAUGCAUGCUUAUCAGCUUAUCUAGGUGAGUAGGUCAAGUAAAUAGAUGCCAACAUAGAGGAACUCGUUUUUGCACUGCUAUAUCCAACAAGAUGAGGACUUAGGAGGUUGUAAUUGGUGAUGAGUGAUGGAUGGAAGGAAGGCAGGUGUGGUAAUUCAGAGCAGAAUGAAGAUGUAGUUCUCUGCGUUGACUGAAAAUUCAAGCGGAGAAAGUGUACAAAGAUUGUAUGUUCAUGUAAACCGAAGAUUGUAUAUUUGUAGAUUGAAUAUCUUUUCUACUUGUGAUUGCUUCAUCUAACUACUUGUUUCAGAGGUCUGUACCAUUCCUACUACAUAUGUCAUUCCUUGAUGA